AUGAAGUGCCCCAGAGAAGCAACAAGUAAGCGAGCUCUGCAAAGCGAGCUCGAGAGAUGGAGGCAGGCUUUAGAGAGUAGAGGUAUGAAGAUACGCAGAAGCAUAACGGAAUAUAUGACAGCAGAUGGCGAAGGAGAUCAACAAGACACGAUGCAGUUAGAUGGAGUGAACGUAAAGAGAAUGAAAAGCUCUCUAUAUCUGGGAGCAAUGACAGAUCCACCAGGAGGGAUGGAGAAAGAGUUAAACCACCGUAUUCAGUGUGGAUGGAACAGAUGGAGGAAAGUGGCGGCAUGUUACGACCCACAAUCAUGGCAGCAACAUUCGUAUAGAAAAUCAUCUGAGAUCAGCAUGCAGACCGCGAGAGUGUGA